CGUGCGCGAACGCAAGGCCAGGGAAUAACCAAUCAGAGGCGUGGAUAUUGGCUCGCGGGGCGUGUUUCAGGCGAGGCUAGUGGAUGCCCGUUGCUACAGCAGCAUCUCCUGCUUUCACUGAGAAAGAUGGAGGAACUUGACGAAUCUGUGCCCGUCGGCGAGGAGCUGCUGCCGUGCAAAGUGUGCGGAAGACGUUUUUUUUUAAGUGUCCUCAAAAAGCACUCGCUUAUCUGCCAGAAAACCACAGCGAAGAGAAGGAAAGUGUUUGACUCGAGCAGACAGAGAGCCGAGGGCACCGACAUCCCGUCUGUGAAACCGCUCAAGCCAAAGCCUGAACCACCCAAGAAACCGUCCAACUGGCGCCGAAAGCAUGAGGAAUUCAUCGCCACCAUCCGUGCUGCCAAGGGCCUGAGCCAAGUGAUGAAAGAUGGCGGCCCUCUUCCCCCGCCCCCUCCUCCGUCCUACGAUCCAGAUUAUAUCCAGUGCCCGUAUUGCCAGAGGCGGUUUAGCGAGAACGCAGCCGAUCGGCACAUCAAAUUCUGUAAGGAACAAGCCUCCCGCAUUUCCAACAAGGGGAAAUUCCCUGUUAAUGACAAAGCCAAGCCUUCAGCCAGGACGCAGUACAAACCUGCCCCAGUGAAGAAGGCGAGUUCUGUAACUUCCACGUCUUCGGUGUCUUCCUCUCGCCUACCUCAGCGUCCAGCCUACGGACAAGGUGGAGGAACUGGAAUUUCCAGCACUAAAAGUCCUGCAGGCUCAGUGAGGAAUGUGAACGUGUCAGCUUCUUUCUCUCCAUCCCAUGCUAGCUCUGGUGGAGUAACCAGUCCUCCCUCUGGAGAUAACACUAAACCCAAAGGUGUGGUUGCUCCAAGUUCACUGAAGAGCAUGACCUACGGAGGAGGAAUGAAUAAAAAAAAGGUCUACAGUGCUAACAACUAUAAUUCAAGGAACGAGGUGAAAAAUGAGCACGUAGUGGACUAUUCCACACAGGGGACCAAGUUCUGCCAUGAGUGUGGAACCAAGUACCCGGUGGACUGGGCCAAAUUCUGCUGUGAAUGUGGGGUGAAGAGGAUGUGCAUUUAGAGACAGAGAGAGAAAGAGAGAAAGUGACGUCUUUUAAUGCUGAAUUUCCCAUUUUUCCAACCGUCACACUCGUGCCCAUGAAUUCGUCUUUCUCUAUUUAUUUAUGUUUUUGCCUUGUUUUAUUCCACUUGUGUUUAUUAUCGAAGUGCAAUAGGAUAAACUACUGAUAAUUUUUUAAAAAAAUCAGAACUUACCCAGUGUUGAAUUAAUUUCUAAAAUCGAAUUAUAUUUCCACCUGAUUUCAAACCCGUGGCUUAAAGUCCCGACAUCGCACCUCCGUUUCCAAGCAGGAACAAUCCGUCAUUGCGAUUUAAUUUAUAUUUUUAUUUAUGCGGAUACAAUUACAAAGCAAAGCCAUUCCCGUUUGUCUCUUUUGUUUCAUUAUAUUAUUUUUUUGUGAAGUUCUUAAUGCUCAUUUAUCUCGACAUUUCAUGUAUUGUAUGCAAAAUGUAUGUUCACUAGAUAAGAGCAAUCUGUCGCAGCCUGAUCACGAUUCGUCCCCAGGCAUAUUCAGACGAUCCUGCUUCGAAACGACAACCUGAAAUACACCCCAAAAAAACAGCGAAUUUUUACAUUUCACUCCAUGAGCACCUGAUCGAAAUCGUACGCAGAAAACAGCUUCACAGCCUGAAGGUCUUUAUAAUCCCGUCGCUGCUCCUCAGCUGGUAGGUCACGUAAGCUAAAGCGCCAUACACAUACAUAUAUAUAUUAACCCUUUGUGCUGUUAUAGCUGAACGCUACGGCGGUGAAAUGCUUAUGAACAGUGUAUAUCACUUCUGUAAGAUGGAGUGGGUACAAGGCCCGCUGACAGAGUGGAGGCUGACCCCAGAUUUGUCACUGUAUAUGCACAAUGUCACGUGAAUAAACAUUCAUGCGAGUGCUGAGA